AUGGGCAGCUUUUUUUCACGGUUGUUUGGGAAGAAGGAAAUUCGUGCUUUAAUGCUUGGUCUCGAUGCAGCUGGAAAAACAACCAUCCUCUAUCGGCUCAAACUUGGUAAUCAUGUGACCACUAUUCCAACUGUUGGCUUUAAUGUGGAAACAGUACAGUACAAGAACGUACGGUUCAAUGUUUGGGAUGUUGGUGGACAGGAAAAAAUUCGACCUCUAUGGCGACACUACUAUACUGGCAGCCAAGGUCUCAUCUUUGUAGUCGACAGCGCUGACCAAGAUCGUAUCGAGGAGGCAAAGCUAGAAUUGCACAAGAUAGCCAACGAUAGGGAAAUGCAGGAUGCAGUCAUUCUUGUCUUCGCUAACAAACAAGACCUUCCCAACGGUUAG